UGGCCAGGCUGGUCUCGAACUCCUGACCUUGUGAUCCGCCUGCCUCUGCCUCCCAAAGUGCUGGGAUUACAGGUGUGAAGCACCGUGCCCAGCCUACAUCCUCUGUUUCUGACUUUGUGGUAUUCAGUACAAGAGAAAGAGAGGAGAGGGCUGGCUGCCAGCGUGGGCCUCACUCACAGUGUCCUAAGCAAACUCCCCCAUCCCCCUAACCAGCCUUCCUCCCAGUGACAGGCAGUGGGUCAUUUGCAUCUUAGUCACAGGUCUGAACUUUCUUGCCUCGGGCUGGGAUGUGCCCCUGGGUUCACCCCUGUCUCCGGAGAUACUGGGUGCUAUCUGCUCCAACGAGGAUCUCCUGGCCCCACUGGUCCAGGUGUACAACCUGCCCUGGCAGUGGACCUGUCAUCAGCAAGUUAUCUGUCUUUUCCACCAGGAGUCCCCGCCAUGUGUCAGGGCUUGUGCUAGGCCUGGGACCACAGCUGUGCAGCACACUGGUCCCAGAUGCCUUUGGGGGCCUAGGAGCUGAGCCCAGCCCUUCUCUUUGCAGUCUGGCCCCACCUUGAACAUACCGGUUCUCUGCAUCUUCAAUGAUAUCAGCCAGGACUGGGCAUUUUGUCAGCUGGGUGUGAUAUGAAUGGGAGGUGACCCUGCUGAAGCGAUGGAUCCAGGACCUGUACACAAGAGUGGUACUGAGGAUUGGCAGUGCCCACUUCUAUGCCAUUGUGGUAUCCCAAGGGUUACUUUGUCCAGAACACAGACUUUGACUUCUUCAAGUACGCGGGACUGCAGUGGUCUGUGCUUCUGUACACGACACCAACUACCUGCAUCGAUGACAUCAACAUCACCACCGGCGUGGAGCGAGACAGUGGUGACGGCUUCUGGAAUUGUACUGCCUUGAUUUGGGACAGAUUAUCAGAGGUCAGCCCAAGGCCAUCCGCUCAGUCACUCUGUUUCCGCCAUCUUCUGAGGAGAUGCAGAUGGUACCCCCAUCACCCAGGGCGUGGAGAUGACUGUGCCCUCCCAACAGAGCAACAAAUACGUGGCCAGCGGCUACCUGAGCCUGACGCCCGAGCAGUGGAGGUCCCGCAACAGCUUCAGCUGCCAGGUCACGCAUGACGGGAGCACCGUGGAGAAAGACAGUGGCCCCUGCAGAAUGUUCAUAGGUUCCCAACCCUCACCCCACCCAUAGGGGCCUGGAGCUGCAGGAUCCCAGGGGAGGGGUCUCUCUGCAUCCCAAGCCAUCCAGCCCUUCUCCUUGUACCCAGAAAACCCUCAAACAUCCUUUGUCAACCAGAAAUCCUGCUCCCUCUCUUCAUUUCUUAUCUCUCAUACAAUUUGAUGCUUCUCCUGGGUGCUCAGUGUGGCGUUGGGGGAAUCCUGGCACCAGCGGGAAAGCAGCCUGGAGGAGAGGAUCACAGGCUCCCAGGCGUGUCCCCUGGGGACAUAGGCCAGGAUAGGAGGAGUCGGCUCACUGAACACCGGUCCAUCCAUUCUCUCCCACCUCCCCUUCCUCCUUGCAGCUCACCCUCCAACUCGCUGCCUAUGUUUUGGAGGAGCUAUUUCUGGCUGAGCCUCCAAAUACACCCUCUGUCCCUGUCCUGGUCUGGACCUUCCCCUGACCCACAGCCUCUCUUUCCUCAGCCUGGAAAUCCUACUCUAGGCCUGGAUUCCCUGUGCUUCUGGCUCUGGCCCCUGGAAUGCCAUCCUUCCUCUCUGCCCAACUCCCCACCCCCAAGGGCUGGACUGUCUAGGACACUCCCACACCAUCAAAUUCAUGAGCUCUUAAAUUUGGAGCCCACUUUGAUUUUUCACCUGACAGCAGGUUCAGAGGUGUGAGAAAAAUAGGAGGAAGUCAGGAAGGAAACACACAUGAAAGGCCUGCAAGAGGCUCAGGACACUUGUAAAAGAUAGGCUCUGAGCUCCCCAGGAACCAGUGCAAGAACGGCAAUAGGUGCUCCAUCAUUUCUUUCUUUUUUUUUUUUAAAUGGAGUCUCACUCUCGCCCAGGCUGGAGUGCAAUGGCACGAUCUUAGCUCACCAUAACCUCUGCCUCCCCGGUUCAACGAGUUCUCCUGCCUCAGCCUCCUGAGUAGCUGGGAUUACAGGCAACAACUGGAAACAACCCAAGUGUCCGUCAGCUAGAGAAUAGAUAGACCCAUGUGGUCUGUGCAUACAGUGGAGUGCUGCUCAGUUAUACAAAGAAAAGAAACUAUGGAUACAGGCCACAGGAGGGAUGAACUUCAAAACAUUACAGUAAGUGAAAGAAGUAAAACUCCAUGAGGGAAGUUGGUGGGUAUGGACAUAGUUUUGAACUGGCAGAAUUUUUCUGUGUUCAUCGGGGUAUUAUGUGUUGAGUCCCUAUUGAUCAGGUACUGUGCUAGGUACAGCCAUUAGAGAAAUGAGAAGCAGACACCAGCUCCAUUGUGAUGAGACUCGCCCGAUCAGCCGUUUCUGAUGAACACUCAGCUGGUGCAGGGGGAAGGUGGCGCCCUGUUAUGAAUCUGUUAUUUAUGAGGCUGUGGCUGCUGCAACAUCAGAAUCCACUAGUGUAGAGCCUGGCAAGCUGGAUGUGGGAGCCACGGAGGGCCACGAACUGCAGCACAUCGGCAACCAAAAGAUGCCCACAGCUUUUUCUAUGGACAACCUGAGUUUAGUAUGCCUACCACCUAGUGAAGAUGAUGACUGGGGUGAUGAUGAUGAUGAUGAUGGUGGUGAUGAUGAUGUCCAGAUUUUACCAUCACCUGUCCUGGCUCGUUCUGAGGACGGCCUGUUUUUAAGAUGCUCACCACAAUGCGAAGAUGAAGAUGAUGAUGAUGAUGGUGAUGUUGAUUGUGAUGAUGAUGAUGAUGUCCAGAUAAGAGCUUGGAAAGGAAACGACUUGACGCUGGAGAGCAUUAGUGACGAGGAGACUCGUCCAGGACUGGGCAGAGGACCUGAAGACAUGAGGUUGAUGCACAGGUCAAAGAGAAGAUUCUCACCAUCGCUGAUGCACACAAAAGUACAUCGGCUUCACCAUGUCGGCCAGGGUGGUCUCAAACUCCAGGACCUCAAGUCAUCCGCCUGCUUCGACCUCCCAGAGUGCUUGGAUUCCAGGAAUGAGCCACUGUGUCCAGCCCAGCAUUUUACAUUUCAAUCUUUGAUUCUUUUUGAGUUGCUUUCUGUACAUGGUGAGACAUAGGGGCCCAGUGUUAUUUCUUCAACAUCUAGCUAGGUCACUUAUCUCAGCACCACUUGCUGAUAGGGAGUCCUUUCUCCAUUGCUUAUUUUUGUUGAUUUUUUUUUUCAAAUAUCGAUGGUUUCAGGUGUGCAGGUUUAUAUCUGGGUCUUCUAAUGUGUUCCACUGUUCUGUGGAACCGGGUCUCCAGCUUUUCAGUGAAAAUACCAAUCCAUUACCUUGUCUAUCGGUGUUUUCUUGGAGUGUUUCCUUUGGUUUAAUGUUUUUUAAAUACCUUUAGCAGCCUACAUGUAUGGAUUUCUUUUCUAAAAUAAUGCACACCCUAUGUUUUCUUGUAAGAGUUUUGUGGUUUCAGAAUUGAGUUUUAGGUCUUUAAUGUAUUUUGCUUUGAUUUUUGUGUUGCGUGAAAUAAGGGUCCUAUUUCAGUGUUUUGUAUGUGAAUAUUCAGUUUGCUCAAAAUCAUCUAUUGAACAGGCUUUUUUUUUUUUUCCAAUUGCAUCUUUUUGGUGUUCUUUUGAAAAACGUGUUCACUACAUGUAAAUUGGGGUUGAAUAUUUGGUUUACUCAUUCUGUCCACUUUCUUAGUUUAUGCCAAUAAAAGAUUGUUUGGAUAAUUAUAAAA